AUGCUGCUACUUGUUAUUACUAAAUAUUUGAUUGCUUUAACAAUAUUCGUAAUAUUAUUGUUUGAUGGGACGAAUGCGCAACUUUUUACCUUUCGAUCGUUUAACGAUAAUUUUGCAGGCGACAACUCGUUGAACAAUAAUGCCAACGCAGGAGGUGGACGUCCACCAGCUGCUAAUCAACAAAAUCAACAAAAUCAACCAAAUCAAGCAAAUCAAGCUCAACAGAAUCCUUGGUUGUCUGCGCUUGGUGCUGGUGUACAAGGUUUCAUUGCGGGGAGUUUAUUUAAUAGAGGCUUGUCAAGCGGAAACUUACCAGCACCAGCACCAGCACCAUAUUUUUAUGGCUACGGUGGUUAUUACCCAUACUACGGUGGUUAUUAUUAUCCGCGUUACUAUCGUUAUCCUUAUUACUACUAUUAUUAUGGUUAA